GUGCAGUUCAGAGUUGAUUCUUCAGCUUGAGUGCGAAAUUUCUCACAGUUAUGACACAUCCUGAGCUAAAAUGACCUGACAUCCUCUCUAUCUGAAGACCUUUGCAGUUCACGCUCCUGUUGGAAAUGGCUUCACUUUACUUAGCUUCUUUGCGGAAAUUGUGAUUUUCUCACCAUCAUCUGUUGUUGUCGGAGAUAACGUUUUUUUGUCUGCUCAUUGUCGGAUUAGCCUGGUUUCUUUGUUCCACCAGCUGAUCCUUGGCACGAGGCUGAUUCAUUGUCACAGCAGACGUCCAGUGCGUCCUGCAUGGGUACGUGUACACGGGCAGAAAAACUGUCAUUCAUCUUCGUCAAAAAUAUAAUGGACGUCUUUUUUCAUGGGAAUUAUUCGGGAUAGAUUCAACGUAAUUGUUCGAUGUUAUUCUCGCUCAAUGGAUGCACACGAACAUGCUAACUGCUUAUUAUAAUUUGCAUUGCAUUCAAUUUUGUAUUCACCGGGGACCAUUUCAUUUUUUGUGACGCUGAAUUUGAGUCCGACUCUUAUAGUGGUAUUGCGGAGUUCUUUGUUGGUUUUAUUUGUGAAUUCUGGUCCGGAGAGGUUUGGGACGAAGUCUUAUCACGGGAUCACCUUUCGACGCAUAAAGUACUCAAAUUGCUACGACUUCAUAGGGCUUGCUGCCGCACUAAAUAAACUCAAUAACUUUCCCAAUGCGUGUCAGCCAGCCAGCUGUAAUUCCAAGGCUAAGUUCUCAAUGAUAUUGGCGAUAUUGACUUUUAUAUUGGAAGAGGAGUUUCAUUAAAUUUUGGCCAUGUGUGUUUCCCAGGUGUGGGAGGUACAAACAUCGCUUGGAGCAGGGACUUAGCUGCACGGUGACGAUAAGUGCAGAUUUGGUGAGGAAUUAAUUGGUCAUUAAUGCUUGGAGUGGUGUUUGCGGCUCAUGAUGGCUUCGUCGGGAUUCGUACGCAAGUUGAGUCAGAUGGGUUGGAAACCCAAACGCAGGGAGAAGGAGAAGGAAAAACCAAAGACGAAGAAAGAGGGCCUGAUGCAGGACCUGGAGAAGGAGCGUCUCCUCCGUGCCGAGACGGAGCAGCGUCUGGCCGAGAUGACCGCCGAGAGCGAGACGACAAAAACACGACUGCAGGGUCUCCAGGAUGAGUUUCGGCGGAUGGAGGAUAUGGUGCGGAGUAUGGUGCAAUACAAGAUGAAGCUGGACCAGUUGAAACAAGAGAAAGCCAAUCUGACCGUCACUUAUGAGGAUCACAUUGACAAGUACAAGACACAGAUUAGUAACUUGGAACAGGAGAAUAUGCUCAUGAUGAACAAGAUUAGGAAAAUGGAAUCACAGCUGAAUGAGCGGCCCGAUAAUCCCGAGAAGUCCAAGCUCUUGAUGGAACGCUUGAAGUCUCUGGAGGGGGAAAACUCGGCCCUGGUGUUGGAGAAUGAGACACAGCGGCAGUCGUACGAGAAAUGUCUGGAUGAGAUAGCCAAUCAGGUUGUACAAGCUCUCAUGACACAGAAGUGUCUGCGAGAGGAAUGUCAAAAAUUACAGCGGCGGGUAUUCGAGUUGGAGUCACACAACAAACAACUCCAGGCACUGAUGCAGACCAGAUUACGACAUUCGACGGAUGCCACCAUGAUUCAGGUCAUGUCUGGAAAGAAACUGACAAAGUCACGUGCCAAAUCUCUCAUGCUCAUUGAAGGCAGCACACAAAGUCUUCCAGGACAGCGGUCUUUUAUUCCGCUGCGUAAUAGUCUUCAUCAUGCCAGCAAACACACGCGCCAUUACAGCAACUCAACAUUCACGGGAAUGGAGCCGAACGUGGACGCUUUGCCAUCAUCGACGAUAUAUGAUCACGAUUACAAUGAUAACGCAUAUUGCGACACUCCAUGCAUGCCACAGCUCAGCUCACCACCUCCCUGGUUACGAGAGAAACUCAAACUGAUUCCACUCAACGACGACACUGCUUCCGACAAUGCAUAUCAGUACCAUAGCAACCUGGAUGCAGAGUCCUUGACAACGAAGUUACCACGGUCACCAAAAUCAGAAACUCCUGCCAAAAGUGCUGAAUCAAAAAUUCAACAAAUUACGAGCCGUCUUUUUACCAAAGUGUUACAAACAGACAAUGUUGAUAAGGUGCUUAGCUCUAAAGGCCAGCAUAGCAACCACUCAGGUCACCAUAGCAACAAAGCUAGUUGCCAUAGCAACCAUUCAGCUUGCUACAGUACGACUCCAGGUGCUCAGGACUCAAGUUUUAGGAAACAACAUACUCAAAAUACUGCUCAGAAGUCACAAAAUUUUACUUUGGACAUUAAUUGUUUGGCAAAACACAACAUGAAAGUGCCAAACGGAUCAGAUCACUCCCAGAGUUGUCUACAUCCGUCACCAGGUCGAGAACUGCUAUGCAUGAGCGACGAGUUUGAAAUGAAGUUCACAGCAAAUGCACCAGAGGGCAUUCCGGUACUGAUGAAGAACUACGACACUGAUGAUGAGUUGAGCGAUGAUGCUGAAAGUAGUUCUGGAAGUAGUUCUGAUGAUCAGAAACAGGACCGCCACAGCACAUGUUCAUCGUUCUCCUUAAACGAUAUUCUGGAAAACGGUCUGGAUGUUUGUGGCUCUCCCAGCGAUGAUAAUUUUAGUUUGGAUAAAUAUCCGUUGUUUUUAGAAAAUGAUAAACAUCGCAAGGGAAGUUUACGACGAAGUUCGUAUGAUGAGACAUUUGGUGAAACAGAGAGUUUGAAAAGACAAAUUAUUCAAAAUUGUAAGGCAACCAUUUCUACCUCCAAAUUAAGUCACAGCAUUUCGGACACUAACAGUGUCAGUCGUAGCGAUGGUAACUCUAGUCCGCUAAAUGUGGAGUUGAAGCGGCCGAUUUCGUUGGAGGUUUUGCUAGAAAGUGCAGUAAAGCGACAAGAGGAGGUGUUAAAGAUAGAAACAGAAAAAGCGCUGAGUCAUGAUCCUGUUUUGACCUUGAAAGAGGACAAAUCUCCUCCAGUUUUAGAGAGGGAGGAGGAGAAAGGUCAAAGGUCAGAACAGAUUUCGUCUGAUUCUAAAAUCAGGGAAGAGAUUGUGAAAGAGGAAGUGAGAGUUAGAGACUCUGUAAAACAUAUUUUUUCGUCAGGUAAUUCUGAUAGUGCAUUUGAGGAACAAAUCUUGUCCCCAGGGGAGGAUGAGGAGGUGUCACAACCUCAGGCCCAGGAGGGAAAGAGAAAUAACACUGGGGAAAAAUCUGUGCAGAAAGAGACUGAGUGUCUGAAGGGCAUUUUCGUAAUCACAGAAACGUCUGAGAAAUCUCCUGCAGCUGAGAGAAAGAAAGAUGGCGCUGUGGCAGAGACAGAAAAGACAACCAAUCAGCUUCAGCCAAUUAGGUUACAGGUUCAAGUUGAAGGGCAGCGGGUUUUACGCAGCGCUUGCUCAUCGCCGGGUUCCGAGUAUAAUUACGAACGUUCCGGAAGCGCUGACGAUGGCUAUUCAACGAUGGCCAGUGACGUGAAUCCAGAGACUUUGGAGAACUUCGCCAAUGCCGUGAAGCCGGGACAGUUACCCAAAGAUGGCGCUUGUAAGAGUGACUCUGCUGCGACUUUACGAUCCAAUGCGAUAAGUACAGAGACACUGAAGGAUAUUCCGAUCAGUCGUUCUAAUAGUAAGGAGGAAGAGGAGGUAUUUAAAGAGGAUGUUGCUACAAUAAAGCGUAUUUCGUUGUGUGAGUUGAAAGAGAUCAAAGAAGAAGCAAAGGAGAGUGUUUCUUCGUCAAAGUCAUCGCGGAGGUCCUCGGAGGUUGAACACGGUUGUGAAGUGUUUGAGACUAUCCGACGACGGAGUCGGGCUGAGAGUACUUGCAGCGUUGCGUCAUCAACAUCGCAGGCAUCUGCUUCUAGCGUUGAAAGUACGUCCAUCGGUCGCGUCUGUGACAUCAAGGGCUAUUUCGAAAAAGAGGCUGAUAAACAGCGCCGGUCGGCAGAAUCUUUGAAGAAGCGGAAAAGCCGUCCUUCAUCAGAACCUGUACGAUCUGUGCCAGAGUCCGACUCCUGGAAAAAGCAUAAGCAUUUCAGCGAAGGAGGCUGUACUCCAACUCAGGAAUCUCACGCCAUGUGUAGUGCAGUUUCGGAGCCGUCAAACUUUAAAAUUCAGCGGCCAAAUCAGAUACGGUGUUCGCUGUGUCGGUCGCCGCGUAAAAAACGCAACAUACGGACAUCGCCGAUUGACGAUUGUGGUCCGAGUAUCCAUAGUGACACAUCGCUAGCGUUCCACCAAUCAGAUCAUGGGGAUUCACACAAACUCGUCCCCAUGGAGCGGGCAUUCUCAGACAGUGAACUCCACAACAGUUGGAUAGACAAAGCUCUCGAAUCACCAGAGAACUUUCCACAUAAUCACACGUUUUAUAAACAUUUAUCGGUAUCCGACUUGACGGCAAGAUUUGGGGGAAGAGUUCCUGGAUGUGUAGCAGAAUCGUCCGACUCAUCACUGGAAGGUCUCGAUCACAUCAUGCAUGAUGAUCAGCCUCAACAGACUACGAUAGAGGCCAAGCAAAAUGUCUUGCUGCUCUCCAGUGAUUCCGACAGUGAUGUCGACGCGUCAAUAAACUACGUUGAAUUAUGGCGUAAGAACCACCUUGUUCACAUGCCGGUACAACUGCCGCAGUGGGACCCCACGAAAACCAUGGAGGUAGCAAAAAAGCUUCUCAGUCCACCAACCAAGCGAAGGUCAGAGGUCAUGAAGCCAGUGGUCAAGCAGCCAGAGGUCAAUGUCAGAGCAGAACGUCACUCUUUGCCAGCAUCGUUUAAAGACCUGCCGAAAAGUAGCGACCAGUUUGCACCACCAACGCCAAUAGGGCCUAAGCUCCUGCCGAAAAAACGACCUAUAGUGCCACCUAGGAUGAAACUGGAUAAACUAGACCCCAAUGUGAUUCUUGCUAAUUCACCUCCAAGGUCACCAAGGUCACCAGUGCCGAGCGCGUCCUCGCUUUCAUCUCGGACUAGGCCAACUGCCCCUUGUAGGACCUCGUCUCUGUCAGCUGAGAGACGCUCACCCUCGAAGACGCUGCCAUCAAAAGAUCAGAAUGGGCCAAGUCGAAGUUCACUUCAAAGUAGUAAAAGCUCUGUGCAGUCGCCAAAGAAAAAGGUGCCACCUCCUGUACCAAAACGUACGUCGUCAAAACUUUCUAUGCCCAAUCUUUCGCCGAUUAACAAACUCAACGGGCAGGUUUCAAAACUUCCAAAAGAGGGCGUUGUGUAUGUGAACACUCAGGAACUAAAGGAGGAAGAGACUAGAGAAAUAUCGCGGUCAAAGAUACCGAAAUUUAACGCAGUGCUGCCACAAACUCGGAUUCCUUCACCAAAACAAGGCAAAGAAACUCAAAAUAUGAAAAUAGUUCAUAACUCACAAAAUUUAGAAGCUCAUUCUGUGUUCUGUCAAAGGGACGUUCUUCCAGAUCUUAUCAGUCCAGGGUGCAUGGCAGUUAAGGAUUAUCAUCAUGUGUCGCAAAAUCCUCUAGCCGAUGGUGUGAACAUGUCCGCAUGGAACGUAGAGGGGUGUAAAGCGCGUCCUUGCUCCUACGGCAGCCAACCGAAACUAACUGUCGAUAAUUUACAAGAGAUUGACACGUCUUUGACUUUGAGUACGGAAGCCUUGCUCCCGAUUGACACGCAUUUUAAACGUGACUUUUACAGUCUGUGUCAAGUGGACCGCGAAUCAAACCGCAGUACGCCAUGCAAUCUUAGUGCUGCUGCCAGUCUUGAUAAAUUACACAGAGUCACCAUGAACGGGUCACUCGCCUCAUUGAAAAAUCUCCCGUGGAAAACUAACUCGGACCCGAACUGCUCGCGAUUAGGAGGAGAUGAGGAGGAAAUUGACGAAAUUUCGCAACAGAUUGCUGACCUUUCAAAAACUGUUGACGACCUUCAGAAAAGUUUAUCUAGUCUCAAUAGCAUGGACUGCGAAGCAGAAAAAUGUGACAAUGUCGACAAUAAUGACGAAAAUUCUGUAAGCUGGCCCGAAUUCGCUGUCUCAAACUUGAGUUCAAGUUUAAGUUCUUUAGACGUUAGUACGGCAUCACUACUUGACUCUGAUGCAUCGUCGGACAAAUACGUCUGGAUGGACGACGACAUCGUACCUCUUUAUGAUGAAAUUCACGACGACACUGCUGCCUUUGAUGCAUCCGAUGAAUUCGAUUGGAUGAGCUUUCAGCCAAUGAACAUCCGUGAGGGUUCGGAGCCGCGUUACUUUGAUAUGGAACUGGAAAUGGAACUUAAGGAGAAUGAUGAGCACACGGAAAAUGAGACAACCGAAUUCAUGGAUCCUGAGACACGAGACAACAUACUUGAUGCCAUUGUAGGAACCGACUCGGAUGAUGACGACUUCAUUAUCGGGAAUGACCCAGAAAUGAGAGAAAUUGCUGGCAAGAUGCCAAGACGUCGUCGUCAGAAGAAGAAGGGUAAACGAGCUGUUGUACGCCAUGCUGUCCACACUCGUCCCCAUGUUGAUUUCAAGACAUUCUUCAAUAGGUACGAGGAUGCAGAAAAGAAAGCGUUGUCUCAUUUCAACUUCUUGAAAAAAUACCUGGAUGAGAUUGAAAACGGAUCGAACCCUGGGUCACCAAUAUCUCCCGAUGGAGACCAUGGGAUUACGGACGUUAGCAAUCGGGAAAAUAUCGCACCAGAUCAUGUGCCAAAGGAAAUGCCUCUGCCAGGUAUUCCACGGGAUUUGGUUUUGCCCGGUGGUGGGUGUCAGCGGUUGAAGUGGUCACCUGAACAAGUGGAUCCUAGAUUAAGCCCAAUUUCGGAAAAGACUGAGGCGAAGGAGACAAAGAAAACAGGUAGAGAGAAAAUGACGGCCUUUAGUCGAUUAAAAUCACUGUCGUUGGAUAAUAAGAAGGACGCGAAAGAGAGUUUAAAACUUGGUAAGGAAUUGGAUAAGAAAGCCAAGGAGGAGAAAAAGGCCAAGGAUACCAAGCCAAAGUUACGGUUUGGUUUCAAGGGUUUAAAUGGCUCGAAGCGACGGGCAAGUGCACCGAUAACGACGGAAUUGGUUCCGCCGAUUGCGAGUACGAGUUCUGAGACGUGUGUGAAUCAGCCAAAGAUGACCGAGUUGGAGAAAGCGAUUGCACUCAGUACGCCGGAUAUUCGUGGAGAUGGAGGGAAGGGGUCAAAGGGGAGUUUAGAGAGGCCCGGAAGUCCCCAGUUUGGCCCUAAAGAUGGUUCAAAUGUGCGUAAAAGUUCUUCGGUUAAGGUUAGGAAAUCCAGCGCCACGAAAGUGUUUGUGAAAAAAGACAAGUCUGAGACUGAUGUGCUUGAUUCUCAUUUGCUUCGGAGUCAAUCGGCUAAAACUGCUCGAACUGCUCCGAAGGGUAAGAAGACUAUUGCUGAUAAAGUUCAGGAAACGCCUCUUAAACCUGUGCCGACACCUAGUGGUGGGUCACCAAAGCGACAAGUUGCAAGAAUAGACAGUCGUAUACCUAAAAGUUCCAAAAAGUCUGACGCUGGUUCUAACGCGACGAAUAGUAGCAGUCCUGCUGCUAGUAUUAGUACCAAUGCCUCCUCUAGCUCCUCCCCUCCUCAGACCUCACCAGAGCCCCCAUUGCAGACCCCUGAUAUUGUGCCUAGGCAUCAAGAUAUACCAUUACCCCCAAUACCCACAGAGAGAAAAUCAGAACGUAAACAAAAAACGGAGAUUAAGAAACGUGCGGAGUUAAAGAGAAAAACUGAAAUGAAAAAACCUGACGUGGCGCUUAAACUCUCUGAUAAAAAAACUGAUCCAAAAUCACCACAGAAAACAUCACCCACUGCUAAACAGAGUCGUUUGCCUGUGAGUGCAAAGGAUAAGAGGGUUGUGGAUACACCACUUUGGGCGCCCCCUAAAGGUACUGCAGGGAAAUCACAAGGACCUCCGGUCAAAGGUCGGUCCCCUAGUGAUAAACAGCCUGAAGUGCCACGGAGAAAAUCUCUACUGACUACAGAGGGUGCUAGGAACAAGUCACAGCGAUCAAAGAAAAUCGUCGAUACUGAAUUAGUGCUGCCACCUAUCAGGAAAGAUGGAAAUGAAAGUGACAUGAGCCAUGCGAGUAGUCUCUCCGAGGAGAUUUUCAAUCAGCUAAGUAUGAGUUUUGACGACAGGUGUAAGACGAUUUUAGGAAAAGACGAUGAUGUACCCGACUCGAGGGUUAAGGCAGGGGUCAUGCGUGAUCCAUAUUUAGACAAUUUUUCACUAAGUGACUCCUGCACUGACAGCUGCACUUCGAGUAACGAUGAUUCAACUGAACACUCCCAUGCCUUAUACUCUCAACCGCAGUUAUAACCUUCUUGCUGAUGAAGAAUUCAGUGGAAAAGUUGAGAUUGUUAGAUACAGUGCCAUCAGGUUUUCAAGCGUGCAGCUCAGUUUUUUUCAUCAUUUUCAACUGCUGGGAGAAUUUACCUUGAAUUGAUUUCAAAGUUUGAAUGAUACAAUGAUGUAUUGGAGAUGUGACGCGGUUUGAUUUUGUUUGUAGGGAUUGUCGCCAACUGAAUUGAGUGAAUUCCGCCUGCUAAAUGUAGAUUAUCUUGGCCUACAAAACAUUGUCAAACUCAUAAUCAGACAUGUGUUUUUCCUUCCUAAAAGUCUUCCAGAAAUAAUAGGGAAGUUUUUAUUUACAAUGCCAUUGAAAUUUUAGGUGGAUUAAUAAUAACGUAUUCUAAGUUUUUUACUUAUGACAAACUACAUGUGCAGUGCAGGCAUUUUCAUUACAAUUAUUGUGGUAAGAAAUAUUAUUGCAUAAUCUUGUACAAUGUUUCCUUUAAAGCUCAAGCAUCAUCCCGUACUACAAUAAUAAUUUGAAUUUGAAUUAGUUACAAAAUCCAACAAAAGGAAGUUAACUUUGGUGCUGAUUAUUAAAGCUUGACUACUGCAUUGGAUCAUCUGUCACUUUUGCUCUGUCAAUCUCUGUAUGAUGUCAUGCAAUCUAAUGUGGCCUGCUUGGCUUCUGCACAUAGUCCCUUUAACAUUCACUCAGUAUUCUCCAGUCGGCUGUAAGGAGUAUACAUAAUUAAAACUUAGCGGUAAACACGUUUAUCCAAAUUGAAAAUCAUUUUUAAUUUAUUAAGAGAAUCGGACACAUGACGACAACCAUUUUUUGUUUUCAAGGGGAACUUGACUCAGAUUUAUUUUGUUUGCAAUUUGGAUUAUUUUAAGAUGAUUUUUGUUAAGUUUUAUUUCUAGGUUUCUACCAUUGAAUAAAACCAAGUGACCCUCUGCAUCAUGAGCAAAUCAUCUUUGCUUUAGUGGUGCCCCCUUUGGGAUUUAUGUCGAGGAGAACCCCCUCACGAUAGCUGAUAGUUUUCUGCUCAAAGGGAGGUGUAUACGUGUAUAUAUAUUAUUUAUUUGUUUAUUAAAGUGUCACCUUUAAAAGAAAAGCCAGCCUCAUUAGGCUUAUGAGACACAUAAAAAAUAACAAAAUUACAUAAUUCAGGCGGGAGGUGUAUAAGACAACAUAGCAAGGAUAAGUUUCUUUUCUCUUGUUCACAGCUAAAUGCUCAGCGGAGGAGACGAGGGCUAUCGACGUAGCCUUCUAGUGGCUGAUGCCGCAACGAGAUCAGUCCAUGUAAGUUGGACGUAUAACUUUAUGGAAUGGUUGAGUCACUUCGACAAAAUGACAGUUGUCUUUUACAAGCAAAGGUGAUUGCGGCAUGGUUGUGGGGUGUAUUUGUUAUUUUUGGGGGGUCGACUUGCUUGAGAAAUGUUGUCAUGUGACCUGAACAGAUUUUGUUUUUACUUUUGAAUUUUCAUUUGUUUAUGAAGUGAUUUUACAAAGAAAACAGUGUGUGGGGGAUGCUGUUUCGGUUUCGAUCCCUGGGCAGCUAAGUAAGGCCUGAUGCCUUGAAGUUCAAGAUGUGACUUUGAAAUCAAGUAUUUCACAAAAUGCAUGAUUUGCCUGCAUGGUAUACAUACCUGUCAAGAAGACAUUUUCUAUGACAGUAACUUGCUAAGGAAUGUCUUAUAUCAACAUAAAUGGAUCCUGAUUUAUUAGAGUGAAGAAUAUGUGCCUGAUAUCGUUUUUAAUUCAUAUCAUUUUGUGCAAGAAUACAUCUGUUGUAUUUACCGUAAGUAUCACACGAGAGUUACAGAAUAUGCACAAUACUAAACACUGACUACGCAACCUGUAUUCAGGAUAAUUGUGACUCUGCAUCUUGGGGUCAGAGGUCAUACAAUCAAUUUAUGCACAUGUCAGUGUGUGUCUUGUACAUCCCCUCCUCAUGGAUAUAACACACUUUAAGCAAGACCUCUAGAUAUUGUGGUAAAAGCUACGAAAUCCAAUUGUGACAGACAGAAGUUAUCACUCCUCGCCGUGAGACGUGUCAAGGUAUAAAACUCCCAUUGCAAUGCAUAUCCUCAUGAUCGAGAUGCAAUAGAAGCUAUGGGACGCCUUCCAAAACAUCCCGAGCAUUGUUAGGGCAUUAGCAGGGGUAGUUCUAGGCACUCAUUGAUACUUGCAUAAGUCUGCCAUGAGAGAAUUAAAUCAAUUGAAUUUAUCUGUUGUAUCUAUAAUAUUUAAUUUAUAAUGUAUAGCUUGUAGCACUUUUGUAUAUAUUGAAAGUUCAGUUAGUGUAAAAAGCCUGCCACACAUAGGAGAUAAAAUCGGUGCGAUAGGUGCAGCACAUUUUUAAAAAUUAUAGAUGGUGGGAAAAAAUUUGAAGUUUUUUUACUGUGACAAUAAGACCCGAUUUGAUUUCUAUGUGUGGCAGUCUUUGAUAUGUAAAGGUUGUAACGUAAAUCUGUUUUAAAUAUUCCAAUCUGGGAAGUAUUCUCACUUGGGAAGUCUUCCCGUUUUGGAAGUGUUCAAAAUAUACAAUGAAAAAUAGCUACACGUUAGUUUUUAGGGGGCAUGGUUUUUAAAAAAUUAGUCUUUUUAAAAAAUAUCUCAAUAAUUUCAGCUGUAUCGGCUGGGAUCUGAAGGAACACCAUCUGCAUCAUUGACUCGAGGUUAGUUUGUUUUGCUACAGUUUUCAGUAGCACCGACUAUGUCCCAAUAAUUCUGUUGAAGCAAUGAUUCCAAUGGAACUUUAGGAGAGGCCAGUAGAGAGUGACAUUCUAAAUAAAGCUUGAAGAAUUAUCUUCUUCAUAUUCAUGGUUUUCCACUAAUUAAGGAAAAUAGAUAAAUGUAGGGUCUAUAGUCAUAUUGUACCUGACACACUCCUUUUGGUGCAAGCUGCCAUUUUGGUCAAAGCAGUGCAUAUGAGAGCAAAGCACCCAUCGUAACCAUGCACCACAAUCAGAUUUUAGAUGCCAUUGCAACAUUGAUAACUAAGUGCUAUGUGUGUUGGUCCGUUCUGGUCAAAAUUGUGACCAAUUACAAUGGUCUGCCUCUGUCCAGGGCUGUGUGUACCAGAAUGAGCAGUAAUGCGUGGCUCCCUCUAACAUCAGAAUGGUUUAUUAGGAAUGCAGCUGGUAUUUAUUUAAUAUUGCUUUCGUUGUUACGUAUGUAACUUUGAAUCAUGUUGUAAAUUUGGUCUCAACCAUGAUUUGCCUGAAUUCCUUAUGUAGAAUCCUUGAACUUUAUCCUACAAGGAUUUAUGGUAAAUCCAGGCUGAAAUCCAGGCUGAAAUCCAAUUCGAUUUUGGAGCUUCAGUAUUGAAAUUACCAGGCUGGAAGGGGUUAAUAUAUAGAUUAGUAGAGUUUUAAAACUUGUCAGAUGUGAGUCGACCGGAUAUGCGCCACAGAUAAGGCAUAAUGAAGAUUGGAGCACUUCACAGGUGUUUGAUAAACUGAGCCUACUUGUAACUAUUGUUGACUCAAUCAUUUAUUGAGACAAUCUAAUCUCAUUCGCCUGUGAAACUAAUCUAAUUGUUUACAAGUAUCUGAAUAACAUUUUGAUAGUUUCCCAACCGAUAGGCUUAGGCCUAAUUACUUGAAUUCCACUCCUACAGACAUCUCUGAUCCAGGUGAGCACAAUAGGCCUGGCAGUUUUUCAUUUACUUGAUGUAUACCCCAAUCAGAUAUAACUGUAAAUCAGCAUUUUUGAGAAUUACAUGAAGAAAGGAGCAGUUUUUCAGAGGACAAGUACCAUUCAUAAUAAAUUUUCAUACCUUUUACACU